AGACGAUCGAACGACGUGUUGUAAACAGGGACGAGAAAAGGAGAAAGAUACACUUGUGAAAUGCCGCGGCAACACGAAGGCCCGCCGCAUUUCACGGCGAUCUCACUUACUCGCUCGUAACGUUUUUUUUUUUUUUUUUUUAACGCGUGACAAACGCAAAUCCAUAAAACACACGUAAAUCAAGAGAUGUUCACCUUGGGUGGGUACGCGUAGGCAUCCGCAGCGGGGAGGUGACACCGAACAGCCCAUCACGACCGCACAGCUCCAUGAGUCAGCAAAGCGCCAGCAGUGUGGGCAGCAGUAACGUCAAUCUGCGUCCUCGUACAGCUGCCCCGCGUCGACCGCGACCUGCUUCUAUUGCCGGUACCGGUGUUUCGGUCACAGAACGACACAAUCUAGUGAGCGAGACGAAGUCGCCGAAAGAUUCGAAGCCGCCACUGCCAAAGGUCCAUAGCACUCCAAAGAAAACGUCUACACCGAAAUCGGCGGAGAUGAAGAAGCCGAGCGAGAAGCUGGUGAAGAACGCGAAGGCUUCGCCCCGGAUAACUCCGAAAGUGACACCGUUGCAGAGUCCUGGCGCCGAGAACGCUCCAUUGAUCCGCGGUAGUACCGGGGAGAUAAUAAAAAGCGAGGGGAAGGAGGAUAAAUUGGAGGAUAAGCACGAGGAGAAGAAAGACCAGGGCAGCGAGAAAACACAACAGGAGAUAAGCGCCGCGGAACAGGGUAACGACGAGGUGAAGAAGCCGGCCGUUAUAGAACAAUCCAAUAUCGUGUCCAAGCAGGCGAAGGACGAGACUAAUUUGAAUCAGGAGAAUCAAUCGGCUGUGCGAUCUCAAGAAACGGCCAAAGCUGCCAAGAAGGAAGCCGAGGCCAAGUCUGAGAGCAACGUGGAGGAACAGGUCGAUAUGUCUGCAUCGAUGAUAGCAAAGAUCCGGAUCACUACGGAAGAGGAAGCCAAGGCAGCUAUAGCUGAACGUAGAAGAUUAGCUAGAGAACAGGCUGAACGGGAAGCCGAACUUGAACGCCAACGACAGGAGGAAGAAGCCCGUUUAGAGGCCGAGAGAUUGCGCGCCGAAGAAGAGGAACAGCGACGUUUGGAGGAGGAAACGCUUCGUUUGGCUAACGAAGCUCGAGAAGCUGAGGAACAGAGACUGAGACUGGCGAUAGAGGAAGCGAAACGUCGCGAGGAAGAGGAUAGGAGGAGAAGGGAAGAGGAGGCUCGUCAGAAACAGGAAAAAGAAGAGGCUGAGCGGAAAGCGAGGGAAGAAGCGGAAAGACAACGGAUCGAAAUGGCAGAGCGUGUUAAGAGAGAGGAGGAAGAGAGACUCGCUAGACGUAAACGCGUCGAAGCAAUUAUGCUUAGAACUCGUGGCAAAAAUCAGAGUAACACGCCUACGAAGGGUGAAGGUGGUGAUGGCGAUAAGUUGAAAGAAGACAGUCCUAACGAUGAAAAUAAAACAGCACCAGUUAAUAAAAGCGAGGAUGUUAUGACAGCCAGUCUGAUAUCCGAGGCGACUCAACAAUUCAUUAGCGGAGAGCAGCGUGCUCAUCACACGGAAAACAAUACUACUACGGACAUUGUGCAUAACGGCACGCAUAGUAAUGGCAUUAAUGAAAAUAAAAUUGUAUUGGAUAAUAAUCAGGGUAAUGUGGAAGGAGAACUGAAUGGUCAUCAUACAAAUCAUGGAAACGGUAUCAACAGUCAAUCAAUUACACUGGAUAAUGCCACUGUCAAACAAAACAACGUGACCAACAACCUGUUAGACCUAACGGAAUUCGACUCUCUCAGUAAUAGCAGUAGUGGUCCAAUACUCCAACUGACAUCCAAUUUGGCCAAUGAAGACACCCUCAACUCGAACCUAAAUCCAGCAGCUAUACCUUUCACUCCAAUGGCAAACACGUAUAUGCCUACCGCUGCUAAUGCCAAUGUAAAUCCGUUCCAGGAUUCUUUUAUGAACAACAAACCACAAGAUAAUAGUCAAGUACCAGAUCUUUUAUCAUAAUGCGCGUAUUAAUCAUUCUGGUGAAAGGAAGAAGAGAGCGAUUGGAUUGAAAAAAAGAAUAAAAAAGAAGAAUUAAAAAAAAGAAAAAAAAUGAAAUACCUAUGCUUUGCAGCGAGCAACGGGUAUAUAAUAUUCGAAACGAUGUCAUUUAUGAAAUAAUGUAAAUAAGCGCUAUCGAUGUGUAGAAAUGGAGACCUAAGUAGAGAAAAAACGGGGGGCACUACGUCAAAGAGAAAAAGAAAAAGGAAAAAAAAAAAAAAAAAAAAAAGACUACUUUGUCCUUAAACGUCACGAGAAAUGUAAAAUAAUAUAUAAUGUUAAUUAUUAAUAUUAUGUAACAGCAAAUAGGCAACUCAGUCCGUUAUCGUAUGCUAUUAGGUAUAAAUCUUUUUAGAGGAACCUUUAAAGGGAAUAAGGCCUGUUUAUAAAAUUAUUGAUUUGAAAUACGCGUAUAUAUUUUAUUGUAUUAAAAAAAAUUUCAUUAAAUUAAUUUCACGCGUAAUUACAAUUCGCCCAUAACGUGUCGCGUUUAGAAAAGUUUUUAUCGAGAAUUGUAAUGGAACGAGAUUUUAUCGAAUUUUGACGACGCGAACAAUCGGUACAAUGAAAUCUUUAUACGUAAACGAACGUGUAAAACGGCUUGACAAACAUAGAUAGCACAAGAUAUGAUGAAUUGGUUGAAAUAUUUUACUGAAACUUAUAUCUGCCAAAAUGACGUAGGAGGUAAGCUCCAAUGAUUGUCCUUAUAUAAGAGAUAGUAUAAUAUUACCUAUAGAAUUUGAGUAUAGAAAACGAAUAUAUAUAUUAUAUACAUAUAGUCAUAUCUAGUAAGAUCUUCUGCAGAUAUGAUGUAAAGGAAAA